GGUUUAUGAGGGAAAACGUAAAGAAACAAGUGUUGUUUCAACCUUUGGAGCUGUUCUGGACAUGGUGACAGAUAGGAUUAGUACUGCUUGUCUACUGGUAAUUCUCUCCCAAGUUUAUAGGCCUGGCUUGGUUUUCUUGUCAUUGCUGGCUUUGGAUAUUGCCAGCCACUGGUUGCAAAUGUAUAGUACUUUCUUGGUAGGCAAAGCUAGUCAUAAAGAUGUAAAAGACAGCACUAGUUGGCUAUUCAAGGCAUACUAUGGAAACCGAAUAUUUAUGGGCUAUUGUUGUGUAGCUUGCGAGGUUCUGUACAUAACUCUAUUUCUUCUUGCGAAGAACCAGGCUGAAAAUAUGACUGAUGUUUUAGUGAAUGCUGCAAAACAAAGCUUAGUUCAUUUUACUCUAGUUGCUUUACUUCUGUUUGGGUGGGCAAUCAAGCAAACUAUCAAUGUUAUCCAGGUAACAAGCAAAGGCCUUUUUACACCAUUCUACAUAAUGAAUUUUUUCAUUCAUCAAGUUUCUCGAACAAUAAAAUCUUCCACUUGCUGUACUGAACAUCCUAUAGCUCUCAAUUUGAACAUCCUUUCCUCCCUUCUACUCAUAACACUUCUUCUGCUCAUAUGUAAUUCACAUGUAUAUGCUGCUCGUGCUUACUUUAGUUAA